AUUUCAAACUUGUUGAAGCAGCCAACCAAUCUAUUAAGGCAUCAAAUUACAAUUAAUUAAUGUUAACCUCUAACUUCUAUCCAUUCCAAACCCAAUUCUAUUUUCCAACAAAGUCCGUUUGAGGUUCAACUAAACCCGCUGAAAGAGAGAUGUGCAGCAAUUCCCACGGCACAACACUAUCAAGAAGCAACUUUCGCUUCUCCCCUCUUCCUCCCAGCUCGACUUUCCAACCCGACCCGUUUCCUGCCGUCUUCUUUCCUGUCAAACGCUUCAAUCCCCGGCUGCAAAUUGCGCCCAUCAAAGUCCGAUCCAUGCUUAACGACGUCUCCUCGUCCGCCGACCCGGCUUCCUUCUACGACCUUCUGGGAAUAUCCGAGACGGGCUCUCUGCCGGAGAUCAAACACGCGUACAAGCAGCUCGCCCGGAAGUAUCACCCCGACGUCUCACCUCCGGACCGGGUCGAGGAGCAUACCCGGAGAUUCAUUCGGGUCCAGGAGGCUUACGAGACGCUGUCGGAUCCGAGGAGAAGGGCUCUGUAUGACAGAGAUAUCGCGAAAGGCCUCAACUACGCCUUUUCAUCACGUAGGCGUCGUGAAAAUAAGCCAAUAGAAGUGGACGUUGAAUGGAGUAUUCGAUGGCAGUCUCAACUUUCUGAACUAAAGAGAAGAAGCAAUUUUAAGGACUCCAAUGGCGGUACAUCUUGGGGAGCUAGAAUGCGCAGGCAAAGGGAUGAAGACUCGUCCUAAUCAAAAUGAUGUUAAUGUAUAUCAGUAGUGUAUAGUAGUUUUGCUUCUAGUAAUCAAAUUUAGGAAGAUAAGAAACUUAGGUUUUCAUUCAUCAUUUUUCCUUCCUAAGAGUCAGAAUCACUCUAAAAUAAAUGUAUAAAUAUGUGAUUCUCUCUGGAAGAUAUUUAUCCCCUCUGCUUAUUCAGUUUUCUCCUUUCUCCCUCACACAUAAUAUCAAGUAUUUCACAUGGCUGUUUUUGCACUUUCACUCCUUUGAGGUUUGUUCAACAUUGGAACACAG